AUGGAGGAAAAAACUAUUUGUUUUGAUAAAGAGUUGCAAAGGGAGAUUGAAGACAUAAUGGUUGGUAGAGGUCCUUUAUUUGGGAACCUUCAAUGGAAAAUAUUGAUACAUACAUAUUACAACUACUACAUAAACAAUAUGAAUAAAAGAAAAGAUGGAAGGAAGAAGUUCCAUGAGACACGACACCCAAUAUACAAAGGUGUAAGACAAAGAAAUGGAAAAUGGGUGUGUGAGCUACGACAACCUAACAACAAAACACGUCGUGUUUGGCUUGGAACAUUUUCUCACCCCGACAUGGCAGCUAAAGCUUAUGAUGUUGCAGCUUUAGCUUUUAGAGGUGAAGCUGCUUCCUUAAAUUUUCCUAACUCAGCUACCUCUUUGCCGCGUCUUGAUUCACAAACUUCUUCUAUUAGGUCUAUUCAGUUUGCCGCGGUGAAAGCGGGUGAGAGACACUUCUCGUCUUGUGAGGGCUCUGAACCAUUCUUUGCUGAGGCCGCCGAGAAUGGUUCAGAGUCUUUAGAUUCUGGAGGGUUGUUUUGGGACGAGGAGGAGGUUUUCAACAUGCCGGGAUUGAUAAACAGUAUGGCGGAAGGGUUGGUUAUGACACCACCGGCGUUGCAGAGAGGGUUCAAUUGGGUUGAUGGGGAAACUACCAUGGACUUAACUUUAUGGAAAAAUUGAUCUUAUUUUUUGGCAUUCCAAUUUGUAAGCCCUAACUAAACACACUAUUGAAUAUCAAUACAAAUUAAAUAGUGUGGAAAUGCAAUGACAUGUGUUAGGAGAUUUAUGAUUAAUAAUACUAUAUAGAUAUCAUCAAUGCUGCAGGUUAUAUUGAUGGAGGUUUUAUUAUUUUUUUUAG